CACAUUUAUACAUCCGGUGAAAUAUCUGUCUCAUCUAGCUGUGAUUAAACUUUGGAAUAACUAAACAGCAACAUGGAAUCGGAGAAAGAAGUGCAAUCAACAGGAGAAGAUGCCCCUGACCCAGAGGAGGAAGAGAAGAGGCUGGCGGCAGCAGCCCGGGAAGCCAACCAUCUAACUGAGUUGAGGCUGGUGCUGUUGGGCUGGAGGUGGCCUGGGAAGAGCCUGACAGGCAACACCAUACUGGGCCAUGAGGAGUUCCGCCUGGAGCGGGCGGCUGAAUUCUGCGUCAAGCGUCAGACUGAGAUGGAGGGGCGCCAGGUGACGGUAAUAGACACGCCGGGCUGGUUCUCGAACCAGUCCACGCCACCAGUCUACCAGCAGGAGAUGGUGCGGGGCGCCUCCAUGUGCGGGCCCCUGGGCCCCCACGCUUUCUUGCUGGUUAUCCCUGUGGGCAUGUUUACCGAGGUGGACCGGGCCCGCAUCGAGGAGCACCUGGCUCUGUUCGGGGAGCGCGUGUGGAGGCAUACCAUCGUGGUGUUCACCUGGGCAGAUGUGCUGAGGAACAUGUCCAUCGAGAGGCACAUCAAGCGAGAGGGGAAGGAUCUGCAGUGGGUGCUGGAAAAGUGCAAGAUGCGGUACUUUGUCAUCAGCAACUACAUAUUUGGGGAGCACCCCCAGCUGCGGCAGCUUAUGGAGAAGAUAGAGAAGGUGGUGGCGGAGGAGGGCAUCUAUAGCCCAGAGGAGGUGGAGGAGAAGAAACCUCUGGGCCAGAAUCAGAACCAAACCCAGAACCGGGAGCUUGGGGCAAGGCCCAAAGUGAAUUCUGCCGUAGGAUUGGCCAAAAUGGACAUGGACCCGCCCCACAAGAAGAAUCCAUGAUGAUUGUCGAGGACAAGGCAAUAUUCCUCUAGAAUUCAGUGGAUGGACUGACUGACUGACUGAAGGAGAGCUGGUGAGCCACCGCAGUUCUGAUAUGAGAGCUCUAUGUCCAUACGUUACCCCAACCUCAGGGCCUGUAUUCUUUAAGCGUCUCAGUCGGAAUGUUGAUCUACGAUCAGUUCCCCUUUGAGAUCAUAAUGAAUGAGAUGGGGGGGGGG